GGUGGUGGGCGUGGCGGUGGGGAAGGAGGUGAAGGAGUGCAAGGCCAACCUGAUGUGGGUGCUCAGCAACAUGGACGCCAUCCUCAUGACCAGAAGCAACGACAAGAAGAAGGAGGUGACGGUGGUGCUCCUGCACGUCCAUCGCCCGGCCAAGACCAUCCCCGUCAUGGGUGCCAACUUUCCUGCGGAUCAACUGCACGAGGCGGAGGUGUCGGCGUUCAGGCAGGCGGAGACGCAGGCCAUGAACAGAGACAUGGCCAAGUACAGGGCCAUCUGCGCCAGGGUGAAGGUACCGGCCACCUGCAAGGUGCUCACGGACGCAGUAGACGAUGUAGCGCAGGGGAUUCUCAGGCUGGUUGCGCAGCACGGCAUCACGCGCCUUGUCAUCGGAGCAGCCGCAGACAAACGAUACACCAAGAAGAUGACGGCGCCGAGCUCCAAGACAGCUCUAAGCGUGCAGCAGCAGGCUCACCCGCUGUGCAACAUCUGGUUCCUCUGCAAAGGCAAUCUCAUCUGCACCAGGCUUGCGGCUGUUAAUGUUAUCCCGAGAAACAGUAGUAACCCUGCCGUAGUAGUACGAGCUAGCAGCAGCAGCAGCCAGCUGAGCGGCGACGAAGCUGCUGCUGAGAGUCAUGCCAAUGCCUAUGCCCGUACCCACACGAGAAGGCCUGCUGUUGAAUCUUCUUCUUCACCCAGAGGUCAGUCGGUCCAGCUAGGCAGUUUCAUCCAGAGCUUGAGGAAUGACGAUGGGUCCAAUACCUUCUUUAAUUAUUCCAACGGGGACGGGGAGCCUCCUUCAAUCUCAGACAAGUUUAGCAGCGCGACUAAUUCAGAUCGCUGGGAUGGCGACACGGAGACGGAGAAGCAGCACCCAGCUUCUUCAUGGUCUCAACAUGCAGAUGGCAUAUUCCCGGCUCCCAACACUCGUUACACUAUGGCACAGCAGAGAGUGGAGGUUGGAGAAAGGAACAAUGACGUGUACUACUACAAGCAGGACAUCGGGAACAUAUUUGCGGAGGCAGAGAAGCUCGGACGGGAAGAUCACAAUCCAGCUGUCACUCUUGGGCGCCACCACACGGCCGACUCCUCGCACCAUCAGCUUGUUUUUCAGGUGCAGCCGGAGCACGCCAUGAGGCAAGCAGGAGCAGGAGCUCAAGUAGUGGAACAGCUGGCGGUGCUGCGCGAUCAGCAAGACAUGCCAGCGAGGAAGAUGAAGCAAGAGCUGGAGAUGGCGCAGCAGCAGCGGGCGGAGCUGGAGGCGCAGGUGCUGAGCUCCAAGCGCGUCAUCAAUGACCUGCAGGAAAAGCUCUCCGAGGCGCACUGCAUGCUCUUCUCCCUCGAGCGCGAUCAGGACGACCUUCGCCGCCAGCGAGACGCCGCCGUCCGAGAAGCCGCAGCUCUCCGUGACAGGGUCAGGCAGCUGGAGCAGGAGCUCCUCCUCAUCAGCACGAGCAACGACGGAGGCGGCUUCACCGAGCUGUCGUACGACGAGCUGCAGGAGGCCACCAACAACCUGGACGAGACGCUCAAGCUCGGACAAGGCGGCGGCUACGGCACCGUCUACAAGGCCAUCCUCCACACUGUCACUAGCAAGGAGAUGACGACGGUGGUGGCCGUCAAGGUGCUGAACCCGCAGGGCAUGCAGGGCCUCUCCCACUUCCAGCAACAGGUGGACGAGCUGAGCAAGCUGCGCCACCCCAACGUGGUGCCGCUCCUAGGUGCGUGCCCGGCCCCGGAGGCGUGGGCGCUCGUCUACGAGUUUCUCCCCGGCGGCAGCCUCGAAGAUCGCCUUGGCGGCAUGCUGUGGCCGGACCGCACGCGCAUCGCCGCCGAGAUAUGCUCCGCGCUCGUCUUCCUCCACCAAAACAACAUGGUCCACGGCGAUCUCAAGCCGUCGAACGUCCUCCUCAACGCCGGUCUGACCAGCAAGCUCGCCGACUCCGGGCUGUGCCGGCUGCUGGAGCCCGACGCCAGCGCCGUGAUGGUGCGGUGCAUGCACACCACGUCCACUGGGGGCACGUCCCUGGCGUACAUGGACCCGGAGUUCCUGGCGUCCGGUGAGCUGCGGCCGAGCUCCGACGUGUACGCGUUUGGCGUCCUCUUGCUGCGGCUUCUGACGGGGCGGCCAGCCAUGGGGCUGGUGAAGCAGGUGCAGACGGCGCUGGCGGAGGGCAGGCUCCCAGGGAUCAUGGACGCGUCGGCGGGGGAGUGGCCGUACACGCAAGAGCAGGGCGAGCAGCUGGCUCAGCUGGGCGUCACAUGCUGCGAGAUCGCAAGCAAGAACCGGCCGGACCUCGCCGGUGAGGUGGUGGCCCACAUACUUGGAUGCUUCCACCAGUGA